AUGUCAGAACCUAUCGAUCAUUUUGGAUGGUUAGAAGAUGCAAUAAAAGAGGGUCACAUCAACUCUUUCGAUUAUAGCCAAUUUUCUAUCGUGAAGGAAGUUGGAAGGGGGGGUUUUGGUAUCGUUGAGUGCGCAGAGUCAGAAUUAUUAGAAAGAAAGGUUGCAUUAAAAAGUCUAAGGACUGACAAUGUAUCGCAACUAGAUGAGAUAUCUUUUAAGGAAUUUCUACGUGAG